AUGGAGGAUGGUAUCUUUAUCUCACAAGAAGGGCAUGCGAAAAAAGUUCUAAAGAAAUUUAACAUGGCGGACUGUAAACCUGUAUGCACCCUUGUCGAAUGCAGAACCAAGUUAUCGAAGUAUGAUGAAGGUAUCAUCUUUGAAGUUACGCUCAUCAGUCACUAUAUGGAGAAGCUCACUAUGACCCAUACGAAAGCUGCAAAGAGGAUUCUUUGCUACAUCAAAGGUACCCUUGACUAUGGCUUAAUAUAUUCAUCAUCUAAUGAAUUCAAACUUGUCGGAUAUAGUAGAAAGAGCAAUACUGGGUACAUGUUCUACUUGGGCGACAUUGUAUUUACUUAA